UUUUUUUAUUAAACGUUUUAGAAUAUUUUAGGAAUUGGCAAUUUCGACAAAUUUUAACGCAAAAAACGGUAACUACCGUUAAAGUAUUUUUUGGCAGUUUUACCAGAUGCUACCAUAAAACUUUAAUUCCUGACAGCUUUGAAAAGUUAAGCCUCUCGUCUGCUCAGGUGUUCAUUUGAAUACCUUACUGGCAAUAUUAUACUCACAAAAUAGAAAAAGGUACCUAGGAAUGCUUGAUAUCAGCUUUCCGGCCCCCUUCCCUCGCUGCGCCACUGGUUCUCCAAUCACGUAGCCCCGACAAGGAAGACAUCCCAAUCUUAAGGAAACAGGUGCAACAAAGACGACAAGUGUAAACAACCAAAAAACCGUUGAAGAACUUUAAUUCCAUCCGAGCUCAAGUUUUGCGAUGAAACCGCGAGAUUUUCGAUAAAAAAAGUGAAAAACCGUCUGUUCUAAUUCCAUUUUUCUUUUAAUUGUCCACUUAAUUGGACAGCAAGUCGGCAUACAAUACCAUAACCCACAAGACCACCUGUUGGUUCAUCGGCAAGAUGCAAACGACUUGGAAGAAAUUAGAAAACGAGAACGGCUUUCCUUUCUAUUUCAACGAAAGUACCAAACAAAAGCAGUGGGACCAUCCGAAAUUCAUUGAACUCAAACACACAAUAGACGAUUGGAAUUAUGUAAAGUAUUCCAAAUAUCGGGUCGGGCUCAAAUUUCGAGCCUUACAAAAGGCCCUAUUCAUGGAGGAAGUGACCCUGAGUACCGUCAUGGGCGUUUUUGCCAAACAUAAACUUGGCAUGAAUGAAAGUUCGCUGUGUUUGGAAAGCUACGACUUGGAGGCGGUUUUAUACGACAUUUUUUUCGCUGCCAAUAAACGAAACAACAGGAACAUAGACGUAGAUUUUGCCGUUGAGUUAAUGCUAAACUUUCUUUACAAUAUUUACGACAAGGAAAGACAAGCAAAAAUCCAGGUUUCUUCAACAAAACUAGCUCUAGCACUAUUAAGUGACUGCGAAUUAUCCGAACUGUAUAAUUUUAUUUUUUCGCUAUGUGCCGACCAUAAUAAUUGCGUGACAAGACUCCGACUGCAGUCACUCUUAACUAAAUUGGUUGAAAUCAUGGUUUUUAUGCACGAGGAUGUUAGUUUUGGCCAGCAUUUAAUCAAUUCAACAAUCGAGCACUGCUUUAGUAACUCUCCAGGCUUGGUUGGAUUAAGUGAAAAUAACUUUAUAACAUGGCUCGAGGCUCCGCCACAGCUAUUUUCCUGGAUUUCCAUUCUUUUAAGGAUAAAGUCGAGCGAAAUGGUGGUACACAGUGUCAAAUGUUCAACUUGCAAGACAAGUCCUUUGGUUGGCCUAAUGUAUCGUUGCAUGAAAUGUUCAAAGUACACACAAUGCCAGAAAUGUUUUCUAAGUGGGAAAGUAAAUAAUUCCCACAAAUUGUCCCAUUCCAUGCAUGAGUAUUGCACGGCAGAGGGGAUUCACCGAGAAUUUUCAUUUCGAUUCAUUAAAAAAUUGUGCGGUUUGAUGCCGUGCUCUGUGAAAUUGAAUGAAACGGAUCGGGGGAUAGUGGAGACAAAAGCAAUAAGUUCGGAAAAAGAUUUUUUAUUGAAACCAAGUGAUGAUUUUUAUUCAAAUAUCGGGACCCUAAGUUCGCCUCACACGCAGUUACAGUUAAUAAUCAGACAGUUGGAGAUACAAAAUAGGGAAUUGCACCGAAUUCUAGUAUUCGGGACUCACAACGAGAAAGAAAUUCGGAAAUAUCUCGAGGAACACAAAGUUGAAGUGGCGACGCAAAUCCACAAGUUGAAAAUAUUGAAAGAAUAUUUACACGUGGCCCCUCCACAAAAAACCGUCCAUGAGUCGACCCCAAUGGUGGGAGUCGUCAAAUACCCCAAAAGAGACUUGGAGUCUGCUCUGAGUCCAAUAAUCCAGUCGAGUCAGACCCUAUUUGUUGAAAACCCGACUGAGAUGACUCAAGACUCGCUCCCUUACUCGGUUAAUGACAUAAGCACGUGGAUUAAGGACCAGCCCACGAGUUCAAAGGGCGAAGGUCAAGUGCUUGGGUCCAAAUCGCCGGUCAGGGAGUUGCAUAAUGAUCUCGAUGACGCUUUAGCCAAAUUGCAGCAGAUUUUGGCGAAUAAUUUCACGCUAGAUGAAUCGUUGGGUGCUAUCGAUAAUAAUCAUUUGAAACAUGCGGUGUCCGAAGUUGAGGGCAUGCUGACGUCGUUUAUUGAUAAUGUUGAGAGUAGUAGAGCGAGUUCCGUCCAAUAAGAAGAUACAGACUGAAGUGGCAAUUUUUUGACCAAAUAUAUAGUGUUUUGCAAUAUUUUUAAUAAUACGAUGAGUAAAAAUAAAUAUUUUAUUUAAU